AUGCUGGGCAAUCUCGUGGAAUAUUCUGAUCCUGUCACCGGCACGUUCCCUAUGGUUGGAGGUCCUGCUCGCGUUGUUCUCGUGGAUCCGGCAUCGCGCAAGUGCACGAAUAUGAACAAGACUUGGACAGACCAUUGUGACAGCGCCCAUCCCUUCUGUAAGAACGAAGAGCACAGUGCCGAAGGCGAGACCAUUUUCAAUCCGCAUCCUCGGCUUCUCAUUCGUGUUGGUACUGGCCCUGAAGACAUCCACUUGGAAGAGACUCGCCAGCGGCAUCUAAAAUAUGCUGCUCUCAGCUACUGCUGGGGACGGACGGGCGGCCUCAAGCUUGAGCGCUCGAAUGUUCAAGAUCUGAAACGGAGAUUACCGUGGUCACAGCUGGUCAAGGUCCACCAGGACUCCAUACAUUAUCUUUGGGUCGAUGCUCUUUGCAUCGUUCAAGACGACCCCGGAGAGCAGAUCGCCGAGAUUAUGAGCAUGGCUUCGAUCUAUGCGAAUGCAUACAUUACCAUCGCAGCCUCGACCAGCCUCGGUGGUAAUACUGGACUCUUCCAAACGCGCCAGCCUACUCUUAGACUGUCCAACAUGGAGCACGACGGCAAUACAUUUGACUUGUAUGCUCGUGAAUCGCUGGAACACGUUGCUUUCGAUUAUGAGUAUGAUGCUCUGAACCCCGAGAAUGCUAGAUUAUGGAUCGGCCCUAAUGCUACAGUUCGACGCCAUUUUCCACUAUUCACGCGUGGGUGGGCAUGGCGGGAGCGCCUGUUGAGUCGGCGAAUCAUUCACUUCACUAGGCACGAGCUGGUAUGGGAGUGUCUGGGCAGUACCUCAUGCGAGUGUGGCGCCAUGGACGAAUUCGUUGGGAGUCAGGCUUUGCGAGAGCGUCGAUUUGCGUUCGGGGUGCCUCAAGAUGUCGAGGUGCGAUGUGGACUGAUGGAAAGAAGUCGCAAGCUCGCAAAGCAUUUGAGCCUCUCCAGCGAGACUACCUCAGUGAACUUUUCCAGUUUCACCGAAAGAUGGGACUACGCCUUGAUGUACACCAUUAUGGGUUCUGCAGCGGACAAGUUGUUCUCCACUUAUGAUGCAGAGCACUACGAGCGCUGGCGGGAUGUGAUCAGUCAGUUCUCAAGACGGAAUCUGACGUACGAGAGUGACGUUUUCCCUGCCGUCUCCGGUCUUGCGGAAGUUUGGAUUGCUCGGCACCAAGAUUGCGGUGAAUAUCUUGCCGGACUAUGGAAAGCUGAUCUCAUGAGAGGAUUACUCUGGAUUUGCGUUGAUCAAUAUGAGCGCUCCGACACUGGUCGUCCGUCUCAAUAUCGGGCACCCACGUGGAGCUGGGCUAGCGUGCGUCGUGCUAUCAAUUGGCUGCGAGCCUCCGACACCAGAGAUCCCAACUACAUCUUCGGUGAAGUCACUGAAGGUCACAUCGAAGUAUCCGGACGAGCUCUGACAGCAACUGUAACUAGCUGCGGCGAUACAGAUGCUUGCUUCAAGCCUGUGGGUUCUAAAGCAAGUGACCCCUCGGAGCACUUCUCGCCAGAUUCUUUCCCAGACGUUCGAGAACUGAUCGGGCAUGAAAGUCUCUGCCUUCACUGGGCUACAGACAAGAUCGACGCUAGGACAGGAUCCGGCUGGGAUCGCUGCCUGAUAUUGAAGGCUUGCACAGCUACAUCGAGCACUUUUGUAAGAAUCGGCAUUACGGAAAGGCUGCUCGAGGAACGUAAGUCGCUCCUUCAGCCCUGUAAUAUCAGAAUUAUUUAG